AUGUUCAAGUUAAGAUACGCGAUCUUGGCUUGCGUGUUGGUAUCUGAUCGCAUUGCUUUUCUGGUCUUCUCAUGGGCUUCUGCAGCUCUCCAAGCCUCUGCGCUCCAUUUGGGUUCAGUAUCGGCAUCGUCCAAGCGAGAUGUCAUCCCGCCCAAGGAACACUAUGGCUACGCACCCUAUAAGCCCGCUGAGCCGAAGUACACGCCCCCGAAGAAGGAAGAGCCGAAGUACCCACAGCCACCGGUUUACAACCCUCCGAAGCCCCCACAGCCACCGGCUUACGACCCUCCGAAGUACAAACAGCCUCCAGUUUACCAGCCUCCGAAGUAUAAUCAGCCUCCGGUUUACCAGCCUCCGAAAUACGAGCAGCCCCCGAAGAAGGAAGAGCCGAAGUACGAGCCGCCGAAGUACAAUCAGCCCCCCAAGAAGGAAGAACCGAAGUACGAGCAACCAAAAACCCCACCACCAUCACCACCACCAGCCAAGCCCGACUAUCCCAAGUAUGAUGCCCCAAAGCCCGCCCCGCCAGUUCCACUUCCCAAGCCCCAGGAGCCCAAAUACGCAGACGGCCCAAAGUACUCGCCCCCCGCCUACACUCCGCCAAAGUACGGCGGCUACGGUGGUCAUUGA